CUAUUCGCUACUUGAAAAGGGGGACAUAUGGUAGAUACGCUGGCAUUUAUAAAGAGACUGGAGAGCUAACUCCUUUACAUAGCUCGCAAUUAUCUGGUAGUAUACCAUUGGAAAACUCGUAUUUGAAUUUACUUUACUCGUCUUCGUUUAUCUGCCACAUAUCAUCCUUGUUUUCGUCGUCCGAAGAUCCGACUAUAACCGAAAUUAAAAUGCCAAUUGAUUUUUAUCAACUUCCUGGAAGCGCUCCGUGCCGUGCCGUUGCAUUGGCAGCUGCCGCGCUUGGUAUCGAAAUGAAUUUUAAGGAAGUUGCUUUAAUGAACGGAGAUAACUUAAAACCAGAAUAUUUGAAGAUGAACCCACAGCACACGAUACCUACAAUCGAUGAUAAUGGUUUCUACUUGUGGGAAAGUCGGGCUAUUAUGACAUACCUGGUAAAUCAAUAUGGUAAGAAUGACUCCUUAUAUCCAAAGGAUCCGAAGAAACGCGCGAUCGUUGACCAAAGGUUGUAUUUCGACGCCUGCACUCUGUAUAAAUCUUUCGCAGACUAUUACUAUCCUAUAAUCUUCGCCAAAGCCCCUAAAGAUCAAGCGAAAUACGAAGCUGUUGGCACAGCCAUGUCUUUCCUUAAUACAUUCCUCGAAGGACAAGACUACGUGGCAGGAGAGAACAUGACUCUUGCUGACCUGUCCAUUGUGGCCACCGUGUCCACGAUAGAGGCCACGGACUACAAUCUCAGCAAAUAUAAAAAUGUGACCAAAUGGUAUGCAAAGAUCAAGUCGGAAGCUCCAAAAUACGAGGAGUACAACAACGCAGGCAUAAAGGCAUUCAAGGAUUUGGUGCAUAACAUGACGAAAAAGUGAAAAGCGAAACGCAAUAACAAUAUUCGAAACCAUGAUUUCUUUUAUGUGAAUUCUAUAUGAAUAAAUUUUUUAUCGUUCCCUUUUACAGAGAGGAAUUCUGCUUACGUAUAAUUAUAGAGUCUAAAUGAUACAUAUAUAAUUGCCUUAUAUAUACUGUUAUUGUUUUAUAUUUUGCAAAA